UGUAAACUCUGUUGAUUGCAGUGACCCACAAAUUUUGUUCCAGAUUUGCCCUUAUCUUCCUUGUGUAGUUGAUUGGGAUUUGUAUUUGAGAUUUUGAAGACCCAAAAUUUUGUUCUAGAAUUCUAGGGUUUGUUUGAUUGAUUUAGAAAGUUGGUAUUGUUUUGUUUGUCAUACGUGGAUUUGUGGGGUACCCCUUUGAAGCCAUAGCUUUUUCUGUAGCUAUUCAGACCAUCUGGGUUUUUGGUUUAGGGUUAGGAUUAGAUCUGAAUUCUGAUAAUAAUCUGAUUGAUUAUUAUUUUUAGAUUUUUUUCUUGGAUUUUGAAAGAAGGGUUUGAGGUUUAAUAUUUCUAGGUUGAUUUUUUGAAUUUCCUAAUUUUGUUAAUUUAUUCUAAUUCUGGGUGUAUUUAAUGGAGUUUGAGCUGGAUUGAGUAAACUGAAAAUUGCAGACUCUUGGAUCAGGACCCUAAAAUGGGGACGGAACUCAUGAGAGUUUGCGUUAAAGAAGAGAAUGAUGACGUUCCAUCAGUUCCGCCAGGUUUUGAGUCAUAUGCAUCUUUCACCUUAAAACAGGUACAAGAUAAUGAAAAACAUGAUAGUGACAUUAAAAGCAGUUGCUCUGCUUCUGGAAGUGCCUCUGGAUCACAGCAAGUUCAGGUAGAAACUGAUAUUGGUGAUUCUGAUGGUGCGAAGACGAGGUCCCUUCGGCGUAGACCAUGGAUAAACUACUUGCAAUUUGAUCAUAGUUCAGAUGAUGAACCUGAUUCCGAGAAGCUUGGUCAAAAUUUUAGUGUUAAGCCUUGUCUUCCUAAGGGUGUUAUCCGUGGAUGUCCAGGGUGUAGUGAUUGCCAAAAGGUCAUUGCAAGAUGGCGUCCAGAAGAUGCUCGCAGGCCUGUCCUUGAAGAUGCUCCUGUAUUCUAUCCUACUGCAGAGGAAUUUGAAGAUACGUUGAAAUAUAUAGCUAGCAUUCGUCCAAAAGCUGAACCAUAUGGAAUUUGUCGGAUUGUUCCCCCACCCUCUUGGAAACCUCCUUGUCCACUUAAAGAAAAACAUAAAUGGGAGGGUUCUACAUUUGCAACCCGUGUGCAAAGGGUUGACAAACUUCAGAAUCGGCAUUCAAUGAGAAAGAUGUCAAAGUUCCAAAACCAUACUAGGAGAAAAAGGCGUAGAUGCACGAAAAUGGCUGUGGAUUGUGGAACUGAUAGCGGCAAUGUCCCUGGAUCUGGUGAUGAGAGAUUUGGGUUUGAACCUGGUCCAGAGUUUACUCUGAAUAAAUUUCAGAAAUAUGCAGAUUUUUUCAAGGCCCAAUACUUUAGCAGCAAUAGGAAUGAUAUUCAAAAUAUGGGAGUUAACGUAACUAUGCUUCAAGAGCACCGGGAGCCAUCAGUGGAGAAUAUUGAGGGGGAAUAUUGGCGGAUAGUUGAGAAAGCAACUGAAGAAAUAGAGGUCCUAUAUGGGGCUGAUUUGGAAACUGGGGUUUUUGGUAGUGGGUUUCCUAAAAUGCCUAUUCAAGUUGGUUCUGCUUCAGAUGAGUGGUACAUAAAAUCAGGCUGGAACUUGAAUAACUUUCCACGGCUUCCUGGAUCUGUCCUCACUUAUGAAAGCGGUGAUAUAUCUGGUGUUCUUGUGCCAUGGUUGUAUAUAGGGAUGUGUUUUUCCUCCUUUUGUUGGCAUGUCGAAGAUCAUCACUUGUACUCACUAAAUUACAUGCAUUGGGGUGCUCCAAAAAUUUGGUAUGGUGUUCCAGGAAACAAUGCCCUUAAAUUGGAAGAGGCUAUGAGAAAGCAUUUGCCUGAUCUUUUUGAAGAACAGCCUGACCUGCUUCAUAAACUAGUCACACAGCUUUCCCCCUCCAUACUGAAAUCUGAAGGAGUGCCUGUCUAUCGCUGUGUUCAGAACGCUGGAGAAUUUGUUCUGACCUUCCCUCGAGCAUAUCAUUCAGGAUUCAACUGCGGCUUCAAUUGUGCGGAGGCAGUAAAUGUAGCUCCUGUUGACUGGUUGCCCCAUGGGCAGAUUGCUAUAGAGCUAUACCGUGAGCAGGGGCGUAAAACUUCCAUCUCCCAUGAUAAACUUUUGCUUGGGGCUGCAAGGGAAGCUGUAAGAGCUCAUUGGGAGCUUAAUUUACUGAAGAAGAAUAAUUUGGAUAACCUAAGGUGGAAAGAUUUGUGUGGAAAGGAUGGAAUCUUGGCAAGAGCACUUAAGACCCGUGUAGAAAUGGAGCGUGUGAGGAGGGAAUAUUUUUGCAGUUCUUCACCAGCAAUGAAAAUGGACCGUAAUUUUGAUGCCACUAGUGAGAGGGAAUGCAGCGUAUGCCUUUUCGACUUGCACCUGUCUGCGGUGGGUUGUCGUUGUUCCUCUGAUAAAUAUGCCUGUUUGAAUCAUGCAAAGAAUUUCUGCUCAUGUGCUUGGGGUGCCAAAUUUUUCCUCUUUCGUUAUGACAUCAGUGAAUUGAACAUCCUUGUUGAGGCAUUGGAAGGGAAAUUAAGUGCAGUUUACAGAUGGGCAAGACUAGAUCUUGGACUGGCCCUGAGUUCAUAUUUCUCCAGAGACAAUAUGCAAGUUGAUAAUUUAUCUCAUUCCAUUGAUAGCAAGGAACAUAAAGAGGUGAAAUCCCAGCCAUCAGAAGCUAGGAUAUUUGGUUUAAUGUCAUUUCAACAAAAUAAUAAUCCAUCAGAAGCUAUCUUGCCUUUGAAAGACAUGAAAACAUCGUCUACAUCUGACAAAUCUUCUCAUGGAAUUGAAAUAAAGACCGAAGAAUCUAUCCAUUUGGCUUCCAGUCUAAGACAUCCUGUUUGUCAGUUCUCUCAAGAAGAUAUGUCAUAUAAUGCAGAUCAAUCUGACCAGAAAUCUUUAUUAAAUAAGCCUUCGGUUUUCGGAAAUAAUACUGUUAUACUUCUUAGCGACGAUGAAGGUGACGAACCAAAAGAGCCAGUUUCAAAAAGAUCUACAGGAAGUUCUGUAAAAGAUGUAGAACAUUCUAAGCGAUUGGCUUCUUCUGAAGAUAAAGCGAGCACAUGCAAUCAUGAUAAAGGUCCAGUCUUGUUUUCCCCAGUAACUGAUGCUGCAUUAACAAGUCAAAAGGAUUUGCGUUCGGUAUCUGAUGUACAAAGGAUUAAUUAUUCAUCUAAUACUGUGCAAGUGAAAGAUGAACAUCAUCCAGAUGGUGGAACAUUGUUGGCAUCUAAUCCACCAGAAGUUCCCUGUCCUGUAGGCUCUACACAUGAAGAAUCUGGUAGAAUUCUUUCAGGUUCCACAAUUAGUGGGGAGACCAGUUGUCAUAAUGUGGCAAAUGUUGGGAGUAACCUUCAGCAUCUUCCAGCAUGUGAUAAUGGAAAGUCUAACAAUGAGGAUACUCAUGAAAAGUUGGGAACAAAUUCCACCUCAAAUUUAGUGAGCAAUAUGAGAACUAAUACAGGAAAUCCAUCUUGCUCUCAAAAUAAUAUAGACAGAUAUUUCCGCCAGAAAGGUCCUCGUAUUGCAAAGGUUGUGCGGAGAAUCAACUGCAAUGUUGAAGCCCUGGAAUAUGGCGUUGUGCUUUCUGGAAAAUUAUGGUGUAACAGCCAGGCAAUAUUUCCCAAAGGAUUUAGGAGCCGGGUUAGGUACAUAAGUAUUCUAGAUCCAACAAAUAUGUGUUACUAUGUUUCAGAAAUUCUUGAUGCAGGACGCAACGGACCGCUCUUUAUGGUUUCCUUGGAGCAAAGUCCCAGUGAGGUAUUCAUUCAUAUUUCUGCUGCCAGAUGCUGGGAAAUGGUGAGAGAUAGAGUGAAUCAAGAGAUAGCAAAGCAACAUAAAUUGGGAAGGACAAACCUUCCUCCUUUACAGCCUCCUGGGAGUCUUGAUGGUUUUGAAAUGUUUGGGUUUUCUUCUCCAGCAAUUGUGCAGGCCAUAGAGGCAAUGGACCAUAAUCGAGUUUGUAUGGAGUAUUGGGAUUCCCGGCCCUACUCCCGGGCUCAAAUGCAGAUUCGACAACCUUUUCAAAAUUGCAGUAACUUAGAUAGGGCAUCUGGGGAACAAAAUAAUCGGGAUUCACCUGGGAGCCAUCUCUUGCCGGUUGGAGCUGAUUCAAUUGUCAGAGGCCUUUUUAAGAAGGCAACUGCUGCAGAACUACACUCACUUAAUAGCAUUUUAAAUGAAAAUAGGCCAGCAGCUGAUCGCUUCUUGGUAACUCAACUUCUUAACGAAGAGAUUCACAAUCGUCCUAGCUGAUUCAUUAUUUCGGAUCAAAACCAUACCAUGGCAGUUUUGACUUCUGUAAAUUCCCCAGUUCUUUCUUUCACUUUGCACAUGCACCCACAUUUCUCAUUCAUCAUUUUUUUUCUUUUUAUUUUUAAUAGAUAAAGAAAAAAAAAAGCGAGAAAAUAGUGUAUGGAAUUUUUUUUCCUGGAAAUUCAUCCAGUGGAUACCCCCCAUUUUUUUUUUUUUUUUUUUUAGAGUUAAUAUGGUGUACGGUACGCGGUGUCUAGCCGGGGUAUACAUUUCAAGUCUAACAGUUUCUACUUUUUAACUCUAUAAAACUUGAGUUGAAAAUGCCUAUGGAUCUUUCUUGUAACAAUUAAUAUAAAUUCCUUCUAAAUUUCUCCA